AUGCCCUCAAUUUCCGGUCAAUCUCUUCUUGUCAUUGGCGGUUCGUCCGGCAUUGGCGCCAGCGUCGCCCAACUCGCCGUGGAACAAGGCGUGCGCGUCUCCAUCGCGUCGUCCAACCCCGCUCGCGUAGCCAAUGCCGUCGCCAAGAUUAGAUCCCAGUCCCCAGAAACGAUCCCCAACACUCAAAUCAGGGGCUUCACUAUUGACCUUGCCCAGCCGGAUGUCGAGCAGCGCCUCGAACAGCUCUUGGCCGACGCCACAGCCGAUGCCUCCGAGCUUCUCGACCACAUCGUCGUCACGGCCGGCAAACCGGCAACGCGGCCACUUGCCAGCACCGACCGUAACUAUCUCUUCGGUCAGGCCCAGCUCAUACUCAUUGUGCCGAUCCUAGUCGCCAAGCUCGCCCCGCGGUUCCUCAAGCCGAGCUACACCUCAAGUGUGGUCCUCUGUGGCGGCAGGCUCGGCGACAGGCCCAUCAAAGGGUGGCCGACUGGAGCAGCAUACGCGGCCGGGUUGACUGGGCUGACGCGCGCACUGGCUCUGGAUUUGGCUCCGCUGAGGAUCAAUGUCGUGCAUCCUGGCCCGACAGAGACGGAGAUCUGGGGGGAGACGCCGGAGAAACGUAAGAGCGUGAAGGAUUUCCAUGCUUCGACGGCUCUAUUGGGCAAGGUUGGUACGCCGGAGGAGGUGGCAGAGGCGUUUGUUUACCUACUCAGGGACUCGAACAUUACGGGCACGAGUAUCAAUUCAAGUGGAGGCGUGCUGGUGCAGUGA